AUGAGUCAGAAAGUGGCUAAGGAGGGCCCCCGACUCUCCAAGAACCAGAGGUUCUCCGAGCACUUCAGCAUACAUUGCUGCCCGCCGUUCACCUUCCUCAACUCCAAACGCGAGAUCGUGGACCGCAAGUACAGCAUCUGUAAAAGUGGCUGCUUCUACCAGAAGAAAGAGGAGGACUGGAUCUGCUGCGCCUGCCAGAAGACCAGACCCAGCCGCCGCGCCACGUCCCCUCAGAGGCCCAAGCGCCAGCCAGCUGCGCCCCCCGCGGUGGUCAGAGCGCCAGCCAAGCCACGGUCCCCUCCGAGGCCCGAACGCCAGCCACGCCCCCGCCCAGAAGCCCGGCCUCCACCAGCCAAGCAGCGCCCCCCUCAGAAGGCCAAGCAGCAGCCGCGCAGCAGCCCCCAGAGAGGGCCUGGCACCAGCCGUGGGGGGCCCCCCGUCAAAGCUUCUAGAUUGAAAAAGAGGAGCAAGCCGACCCCUCGGAAGAAGUGA